AUGAAAAAUCUGUUAGCAUUGAACCAACGGUCGCAUGCUACUACUGUUUCAGAAGAACAGGAGUUUCCUGUCGUUUUUCCUGCUGCUGCCGCCGUUUCCCCUGCUAUCCGGUCUAAUUACAACAACCGGUUGUAUUCCACUCGUACUUUAGCCGAACGAAAUGAGUUGUACCGUGUCAUAUUGCACGCAUUCAACUCCAACUCCAGCACCAAUGGAAAAAUACCUUUGAGUGGUUUAAAGUCUAGGUGGUCUGCUCUAUGUGCUGCCUUCAGAUAUCGAAAUGACAGGUUGAGUGCGACUGGUACGGCACCAUUUGAAAACUGGGCUCACCAUGUCACAAUGGAGAACGCCACCCGUGAGGUGCCCACUGUAAUCCUACCUACUGUGUAUACCUCUCUUGCAAGAGAGACGAUCGAUAUUCGUGGCCAAGUUGUCGGUGCUAGACAAGAAAGGACCGUCGAAGACAAUGGUGCUGACGAGGGUGUGACUCGUGGGGCUGCUAGUAGAAGUAGAGCCGUCAACCGAACGAUGGAGUAUCUGGUUACCUCAAUGAAUGAGAUUGAGGCACGUUGUUUUGAGCUCGGAGAGCCUGAGCGUAUAACGUUCAAUAAUUACCUUGCUCGUUCGAGAAUGUUUUUUGGUGAGACGUUAGAGUCCUUGGAGAGACAGGAACAGGUGCAGUCUCGCAUCGCUGAUCAGAUGUAG